AGGAGUGUUUGAAACAUUACUUGUAAUCAAAAUGUUGUCCCGAUUUGUUCAGCGUUUUUCUUCAAGUUCAAGCGUGAAAAAUCCCAAAGUGUUUUUUGACAUCACAAUUGACAAUGCUGCUGCCGGCCGUGUCACAAUGGAAUUACGUAAGGACGUCGUCCCAAAAACUGCGGAGAACUUCCGCGCUUUAUGCACGGGAGAGAAGGGGUUUGGGUACAAGGGUUGCCGGUUUCAUCGGAUUAUCCCAGAGUUUAUGUGCCAAGGUGGGGACUUCACCAUGGGUGAUGGAAGGGGGGGUAAAAGUAUCUACGGGUCAAAGUUUAAGGACGAAAACUUUAAACUGACACACACGGGACCCGGGAUUCUUUCAAUGGCGAACGCAGGGCCAAACACUAAUGGAUCGCAAUUCUUUAUUUGUACCAAGAAAACUGAAUGGCUGGAUGGAAUGCACGUUGUGUUUGGUUCGGUAGUUGACGGCAUAGACGUUGUGAAGGAGAUGGAAUCCAAGGGAACACAUCAGGGGAAUCCAACAGCUAAGGUUGUUAUUUCUGAUUGUGGAGAAAUCAAAGAAUGAAAUAUACCAGAGAGAAAUUUCUAAUUCGGAAAUUUGGGGAUGAAAAAAGGCGAAAUUGUGUUCGAUUUGAAUUUGUGAUGCAACAAUAGCAAGUAUGUCAACCAUUGUCCAUGACAAACACUGGUGUGAGGUCAAAUUCAUAUAUUGUUUUGAAGUGGUGCCUUUCCUACUUAAUAUAUGAAAUAAUCUUUAAACCA